GAACAUCCUUCGAUCUAAGUAGGGCUUUUAGUGUGCUCAUUGAUGAGUGAAAGUCGCCACACAUGUCAAGCUAAAGGCAGUUGUUGGGUUACUAACAGGACACAACGUCUUGCAAACAUAUGCGUUAAGCUGUGUAUACAGAUGGCAGGGAGAAUAAUGGAGCAGGCGCCUCUUAUAAAGCUCUAGCUGCUGCCUGUCUUCAGACCUGGGAAAUGAAACUAUUCAGACUCAGGGCCAGAUAGCGCCUGGGAUUGUUUGUUACCGUUUUAAUCCUAUUAAUUAAAACGUUAACCUGAUUGGGUAGAAAGCUCUGUCCCAACAGGCGAGUCUUCUUCAUAAUAACCUACUCUCAGAGAUAAUGAUGUAAAAGACUCCCCCGUCUGCGGCGGCUGCUGGUUGAUGGCUCCGGAAAUCUCUUGAAGGUGAAUCCAAGCAAGAUAAACGGUGGAAGCGGCUCGGCUGGCAGCGCACAAUGCCCCAGCGCGGCGCCUGCUGAGGGCGAGCCGGAGCCGGGGACGAAGCCGGGGACGAAACCGGAGCCGGGGACGAAGCCGGAGCAGCAGCAGCAGCGGCGGCGGCGCCGGGCAGGGCGCAGCCCCGGCGGGAGCCGGGAGCCCGGCAGCGGCAGCAGGACGCCCGCUCGCCGCCUGCCGCGGCGCGGAGGAGCCUUGGAGGAGCGGGCCGGGAGCUGAGGGGGGCGGCGGCGGCGGCGGCGCCGAUGGAGCGGGCGCUGGGGCUGCCCGCCGAAGAGGACCUCUUCCACAAGAGCCUGGCCGCCUCGGCCAAGCGCAUGGAGUCCGCCUUCCGCUCGCCCCCGGGGCUCGACCUGUCGCACCCCCGCGACCGCCAGCCCUCGCCGCUCGCCUGCUACGAGGCGGCCGAGCCCGAGGCGCUGCUGCAGCCCGGCGGAGGAGGCGGCGGCGGAGGCGGCGGCGGGGGGGACCCGCUGGGGCUGCCGCCGGGCUCCGUGUGCGUCAAGUACGGCGAGAGCGCCAGCCGCAGCUCGGUGGCCGAGAGCAGCGGCGGCGAGCAGAGCCCCGACGACGACAGCGACGGCCGCUGCGAGCUGCUGCUGCGCGGCCCCGGGGGGGACCCCCGCGACGCCUCGCCGGCGGUCGGCGGCGGCGGGGGCAGCGGCGGCGGCGGCGGCGGCGUGGGGCCGAAGGCGGCCGAGGGGGGCUGCUCCAACAGCCACGGGCACGGCGGCAGCAAGAAGUCCAAGGAGCAGAAGGCGCUGCGCCUCAACAUCAACGCGCGGGAGCGGCGGCGGAUGCACGACCUGAACGACGCGCUGGACGAGCUGCGGGCCGUCAUCCCCUACGCGCACAGCCCCUCGGUGCGGAAGCUGUCCAAGAUCGCCACGCUGCUCCUGGCCAAGAACUACAUCCUCAUGCAGGCGCAGGCCCUGGAGGAGAUGCGGCGCCUCGUGGCUUAUCUCAACCAGGGCCAGGCCAUCUCCGCCGCCUCCCUGCCCAGCUCCGCCGCGGCGGCGGCGGCGGCGGCGGCCGCGCUGCACCCCGCCCUCGGCGCCUACGAGCAGGCGGCCGGCUACCCCUUCAGCGCCGGGCUGCCCCCCGCCACCUCCUGCCCGGAGAAAUGUGCCAUUUUCAACAGCGUCUCCUCCAGCCUCUGCAAACAGUGCACGGAGAAGCCUUAAGCCGCGCCGCCGCCGCCGCCUCCCCGCCUCCGGUAGCCGGGCAGCGGCGGUGGCAACCGGGGGUCUGCGGCCGGGCCGGGGGGCGAGGGGGCGGCGGAGGGACUGCGAGCCGCCAGGGCCCCCCCGCCUGCCCCCCGGGCCGGCGGCUUUUUGGGGACGGAGACGGGCCCCGGUGGGAAGGGGGCGCGGGGCCGGGGCGGGCGGAAGGGCAACAGGGAGGGGGCUUCAGCCCCGGGGGAGCCGGGGGGGUUUCCCUGGAGGUGCGACCCACACAAAGGAGAGGCUGAGACGCGGCGGGCCGGGAGGGCUGGAGCCGCGGAGAGGGAUGGAAAGAACCCCCCCCCCCCCCCCGCCUCCCCUCCCUCGGGACCCCGGCCCCGCCGCCCCUCCGCCCGCCCGGGGCGCUGAGGUCCCGGGGCCGGUCCCGGGGCAGGAGCCGGCGGCGGAGGUGGAUGGAUGGGACAAAUCAGAGAGGGCACUCGAGCAUAGAUUUUUUUUAAAAUUAUUAUUAGCAGUAUUAUGAUUAUUCUGAGCCAGGAAACGAACAAACUUGAAAUGUAAACUUAUUAUUUAAGCGACUCGCAGAAACAAAGAGACUGGACCACUGCUAUGGAAGACUUUGUAUUUUUUAUCGUCUCUAAACUUUGAUCCUGUGAAAAUGCGCAAAGUUUUGGUGAGAGUGAUUUAAAAAAAAUAAUCGAGAGAGUUAAAAGACAAAAAAAAAAACGGCAAAAAAUGACCGAUCCGAACCCCUCCUCCGUGUGGCCGAAAGUAUCGCAUUUUUCAAAGAAAUAUUUACGUGCACCUUGUUUCUUUCCACUUCGCAAUGAUGUAUGAACAAGACAUGGUAUUUAUUUGUUAUUCUUUAACUGACCCUCCCACGCCAACAGUAUUUCUCAUGCGUUAAGGUCAGGGGUCUUCUGUGCGGUUACUUUAAAAUGCUUCUAAAAUUCUGUUUAUGGAUUAACUUAAACUGUGUGCCAAGUGUUUUAAAACGUUUAUUUGCCAACGCCGUAUAGCCAGAAAUGUUGAUGUAUCCGAGCUGCUUAGGUUUAUGAAAGGUCAUCUGGAUUUUAAGUUGCAUCAUCCCUGUAUUUCAAUUGAGCUUUAAUAAAUUGCUUCAGUCCAAAAA